UUUUUCUUUAUUUUCUUUCGGUUUCUCGGACAAACAAACAACUGGGUUUUGAGUAAAAUCCGAAGCUCACAGAUACACUCUCUCUCUAUAUACACAAAACACAAUCUUUGUUGAAUUAAAGUUGCUGAUCUUGACUCCAUCACCUCCGAGAUUUUGUUUCUGUACAUAACUCCACUAUUUUGGGUUUUUUUCCUAUUUAAGAUUGCCCAUUAUGUGUUUGCAAUUAGGUGGCUGAAACCAAAAAUGGCUCAAGAAGAACAUAACCACAGGUGUAGCAAUAGUAGCAGUGGUGGUGGUGGAAACAGAUCUUCAAAAAAGUUGAAGCAAAAAAAAGUCCCACAAAGAGGACUAGGUGUUGCUCAGCUUGAGAAGAUUUGAUUAGAGGAACAACAAAAGAAAGAUGCUAUUUUACUAUCCAAUUCACUUCUAUCACCAAUUAAUUCUUCAUGUUUAGCUGUUCAAUCUCAACGUACUUCCAAUUUUAGGCAUAACCCUACGCAAACUGAUCUUUCUUCGCCAAAUUUGAUAUUUAGACCGGCGCCUUCUAUCCCCAACGUUGAUGUUGUGCAUCCGAAUUACAUACCAUUGUCGAAAUGGAUUCGCAUUUCGGUCUAAUUUGAAUUUACCCUAUGAAUCUAACCCCAUUUGGCCUCCCCCUAAUGUAAUACAGAGGACACUGCAAUUCCAGCAGCAACCUUCUUCUUCAUCAAUGAUGAACGUCUCACCAGGUACUUCAUCAUCAUCUGAGAUCAAUUAUCAUCAGAUAGAGCCCCCUUCAAACCAAAGCUUUUAUGGCAACAACUACACACCUUUGUGGCAAGAGGAAGAGAAGAUGGUUGGAAUGAAGAGGCCAUAUCCUUUCCCUCCAGACAAUCCACCAGGCCCCGGCCCCUCUUUCCCUUGCAAAUUUCCACCCAUCUUUGUUCCUCCCAUCACUGGAUCAGAUGAAUCAGCGUCAUGUGGCAUUGGAGGCACAGUUAAUAUCGAACCCAACAACCCAAUUUUCAGAGAAGGCCCUUCGAGCUCAAUGGUCUUGUGUGAGCUGAAUCCAAUGAAAGUGGUAAAAGAGAAUGGCAAUUUAAACGGAGAUUUUCUCACAUUGGCUUCUCCUGCAACAGCUUUGCCCCAAUCUAGUUCAAAGUAUAAGCACCCUUCAUUGUAUCAAACCCCAUAUACCCGAGAAUUAUCAGAACUUCAAUCUCUACCACAUCAAGGAAGUGCUGAAGACCCAAUUCACUAUCCCGGGCCCCAAAAACAGGCUUUAUACAGCUUCUUUCCUCCGGCAAAGGCACGGAUUGACCAAGCAACAACCACCGUUAAUGGCUGCAAUGGUGAAGUUCGUGAAAAACUUGGCCUCGAUCUGAAGUUGUAGGAGGGUUAGUCCAUUUCUUCAUGUUUUGGCAGGACAAGUUGUUUUCCUCCUUGAAUUGCUUUAGCCCAUUGUUUGUGAUGUUUUGGCAGGCUGUAGCUUUUUCUCUCAAACAUGCUAGGAUGCGCGUUUUUUCAUUUUUAUUUUUUAUGGGUAAAAGUAGAGAUAUGAAUAUGGAUAUUGCAUUUUUUUAUGGGUAAAAGUAGAGAUAUGAAUAUGGAUAUUGCAUUAUGUAAAGCAUGAAGCAUGAAGAUGACAGUGAGGAGAGAUGCAAAUGACUUGUUUUUAUUUUGGGAGUUACAAAUUUGAUGCAAGGAAGUUUGGUUGUGAAGAGAUAAUGUUGUAGACACUGAUUUGUGCACGCUCUUGUGCACAAAAUGUUGUUGUCAUGACGGUAAACUGAUUUAGAUCCCAAGUUAAUCUUAAAUGAGUUUUAAUUGACCUU